AUGCCCCCACGCCCAGCGCUCGGUUACAAUGCAAGAGGCGGCCCCCCUCGUCGAGAUGCCACACCCUUAAGGGGUGGCGCACCUUCCAGAGGUACUGGCAUCGCCGAUCAUGUCAAAGCCAUUGGCGUCAAACGACCAAGCUUUGGCAAUUCUGGUCAGCGGACUCUGGUGCACACCAAUCAUUUCAAAACCACCAUCCCGGAAGGAAAAAUUCAUCAUUACGAUGUCAUCCUCCCGUCCGACAAGGUUCUCCCAGCUGCUAUGAACUUCGAACUCCUCAGGAAGCUCCAAACUGAGCUUCACCCCGAGAUCUUCACUCCGCGUGGCGUGUAUGAUGGCCGCAAGAGCUUCUUCUCGGCUGGCAAACUUUCCUUCGGAGAGGCCGCACGGUUCGACGUCAUGCUGGCCAAGCCUUUACCAACCGGGGCGGCGCCGAAACGCAGGGGCCCCACGGUCUAUACGAUCCAAUUCACCCACGUCGCAGAGAUCAAUCCUGAAGUGCUAGCACGCUUCAUCCAAGGCACCCAAUCCCCCGACAACGCGGUGCUGACGGCAAUCACGGCCCUCAACGUCGCUGUACGAAUGGAACCAAACCUCAAAUUUCCGUUCAACGUCCGGUCGUUCUUUACGCCGAGCGAGACGGCGGAUAUUGGUUCCGGUAUCGUCCUCUGGAGAGGCUAUUUCCAAUCCGUUCGACCAGCGUUAAAGUCCAUGCUCAUCAACAUUGACAUAUCAACGGCGGCGAUGUAUAAAUCUGGUUCUCUCCUCAAACUUUGUCUCGAGUUCUUUGGAAAGUCGCAGCCUUCCGCAUUAAGCACCAAAGCAGGUCUCCCAGAACGCGAGCGUCAACGCCUGCAACGUUUUGUUGCUGGUCUCAAGAUCCAGUAUGGCACGGAUUCGAAGCUCCGUAUUGUCAAGAAGCUCACUAUCAACGGGGCUGCCGAUGAAUAUUUCGUGGAUAACACAGGGGAGAAGGUUUCGGUGGCUGAUCACUUCAAGAUCCUAAUGAACCACCCACUAGAAUUCCCUCACAUGAUAUGUGUCGACACGGGCAAGGCAAUCAUUCCAAUCGAAAUUUGUCAAGUGCCCGCGGGUCAGAUCCUUCGCAAGCAGUUGCCCUCGAAUAAGACAAGUGACGUGAUCAAGUUCGCGACGAAGAGGCCUGAGGACCGCCUGAACAGCAUCAAGUUAGGGUUAGCCGUGUUGUCCUACGCGUCAUCGGAAUACGUCCGUCAAUUCGGCAUGAAAGUCGAUUCCGAGCCCAUGAAGAUCAAUGCUCGCGUGCUGCCACCUCCGACUCUCAAGUACGGCCAAAAGAGCAAGGAACAGACCAUUGUCCCGAAAAAUGGUUCUUGGAACAUGAUCGACAAGCACGUCUAUGUUCCCUGCGCUCCUAUCAAACACUGGUGCAUGAUCUCCUUUGACGCUCAACGUAAUUUCAAACAAAGUGAUGCCCCUUCGGUGGUUGAGGCACUCGUACAUGCCUGCAAAUCUGUUGGUAUUGCUAUCAACCCACAACCCAUCAUCGUUAAAAUAGCAGUCGGCCAAAAUACCAUUGCCAGCGAAAUGCAGAGCUUGGGCAUGGAGUGCAACGCCCGGGCGGGCGCUUUUCCGACUCUAAUCGUAGUCAUUCUCCCUGAGGGCGGUAAUGAUAUAUACAGUGAAGUUAAGCAUUUCGGAGAUGUGGCUCGUGGCGUAGUUACUCAGUGCAUGAAGAGAAAUAGAUGCAUGAGUGGCAACCCACAAUACUUCUCGAACGUCGUUCUCAAGUUGAAUGUCAAGAUGGGAGGCAUCAACACCAUUCCGGAUCCUAGAUCCGUUUCGGUUAUCAGUGAUCCAGGCAAUCCGACGAUCGUUAUGGGUGCGGACGUUGUUCAUCCAGCCCCUGGUACAGAAGGCCGUCCUUCCUUUAGCGCUCUCGUCGCCAAUGUUGAUAGUGACAACGCGAAAUACAUUGCAACCAUGAACGUUCAAACGUCAAGGAAGGAAAUCAUCGAAGAUCUAGAAAAGAUGGCUACGCACGUGCUUCAGUCGUACAUGCGCUACAGGGAUAAAGUUGAGAAGAAGGCCAUUGUUGCACCCAAGCGGAUCAUCUUCUAUCGAGAUGGUGUCAGUGAAGGGCAAUUCCAAACUGUCUUGGACGAAGAGCUCCCGCUUAUAAAGAAGGCUUGCGCGGCGCUCAAUAUUAAACCAAAGAUAACGAUGGUCAUAGUCGGGAAAAGGCACCAUGUCCGCUUCUUCCCUACAGGACCAGCGGACAAGAGCGGUAAUUGUCCGGCAGGUCUCGUCGUCGACAGUGACGUCGUGAACCCCGUCGAGUUCGACUUUUAUCUGCAGAGUCAUGCCGGUCUUCUUGGGACCAGUCGUCCGUCUCACUAUAACGUCUUAUAUGACGAGAACCAUUUCACAGCUGAUGGCCUGCAAGCCCUCUCCUUCGCGCUAUGUCAUGUAUAUGCGCGUUCGACACGCUCGGUGUCUAUUCCCGCGCCCGUCUACUAUGCGGACAUUGUCUGCGCGCGGGCGAAGCAUCACUACAACCCAGAGGAACGUUUGGAUCUCUUGUAUUCGGACAACCCUAUGACCACGGACGAACAACAGGCGACACUUGCCAAAUUUAAGCAGGCAUUCCGUCCAUUGAGCAAGACUAUAUCUACAUUGAUGUAUUUCUGCUGAUCGUGCAGCUGCGUUGAUAACGAUGAUGCAGUGCCCUUGCUGUUUCCUGUAUCGUUGUUUAUUGUUUGCCCUUACUUGUUACCGUGUAUCACCGCAGUGUCUCUGAUGUAGAAUAUACUUUGCUCAACAGUUUC